GCGGACGAGGCGGGCAUCGUCGCCCUGGACUACCACGCACCGAGUCUCUGCGUCCGUGCGACGGACGUGGAGCGCUUCCACGGCAGCCCCGGGCGCUACACUGUGGGCCGAGGCCAGGAGCUCGUCACUUUCGCGAGCGACGACGAGGACGCGGUUUCGAUGGCGCUGUCGGCGCUUUGUCGGCUGCUCGCUCGAAGCGAGCUUGCUUUCGAGGACGUCGGCCGACUCGAGUGUGGUACGGAGAGCAGCGUCGACCGUGGUAAGUCCACAAAGUCCUUCCUCAUGUCUUUGUUCGAGGCGACCGGCGACCUCGACGUCCAGGGCGCGGACACCGUGAACGCCUGUUACGGCGGUACGAACGCGCUCUUGAGCACCAGGAACUGGAUUCACGGCCCGGGAUGGACUGGGAGGUACGGCGCCGUCGUCUGCUCUGACCCGGCCGUGCACCCGGACCCGGCUCAAUUGGCCGGCGUCGGCGCGUCGGCGGUGUCCUUGCUCGCGGGACCGCGCGCUUCUCUGGCCAUGGAGACGCGGUGCACGACCUUCGUCAAGCAUGCCUGGGACUUUUACCGGCCCGUCGGAUGGUCGUCCAACGACGCCCUCGUAGACGUCGCCGUGGCUACCACCUAG